AUGACCACUACUCCGAAAAGAUCAGCGUCUGCAGACAAAUCUCUCCGACUGCGAUGCACGUCCAUCGAUCACUUCGACGGCUUCAUCGCAGCAGACGUCGCUGCAAAAACCGAAGCAGAUCCCGUCAUUGUCGACUUUGAAAUAGCUAAGCAAGCGUCACCGAUGUGCGGCGAGAGCGACGAUGAGAUGAUUCUGAGCGGCAGAGUGACAGAGGAUGAGGCUGAGGCUGAGGCUGAGGCUGAGCACUGCACCGAGGAGCAGCAAGAACCGGAGACAGCCGUGUUGGACGAUGAGAACGCCGGAGCACCUGAGCCAGCGGGCAAUGAGGAUGGGACGGCGCAAGAAGCUCAAGAUCGGGAUGACAACGUCCUUGCCUCUCCGCGUCGAUCACAGCGAGCUCGUCAAUUAGCGCAUCAUUUUGCCAACUCUUCAUGGGUCCCUUGGCAAGAUUUGCGCAACAGUCGAGUGACUCUCCAGCCUGAACGGGCUGCUGAGCCGGUUGCUCACGCACCAAGAGUUCCUUCACCUCGCAAAAGACCUCGCGGUUCGAAGAGAAAGCGUGGAGCACAAGGAGGAGGAUCGGACGCUGCCGCUGCGAGCGAAACAGCAACGGAUGCGGCCACUGAGAGCCAUGCAGGAGCAGCAGCAGGCGACGGAGAUCAGCAGGGAUAUGGUGUGGAAGCGAUCCUCGGCCAUUCGUACCGCUUCGACGAACUGUGGUUCGCCGUAGAUUGGGAAGAUUGCGACUUUGGCGAGGGUGAGUUGACCCACGGUCGACCACCGCCCUUUGCAAUGCAGAGUCUCGCUGAUCGUUUCUGCAUUCGGAUGUUAUGCAGCUCUCUGGCAGCCCGCCGCCAAUCUGGUCACGCACUGCGGUGACCUGGUGGACGAGUACAAGGCGAUGCUGGCGUUUAAGAGGUGGUACAGGCGCUGGGCGAGUCGUCAAGCUGGGGAAGCAAGACGAUGGGCUCGGCGAUUCUGGAAUGCGCAGCAGGGCACCAACGGCCCCUUGUCGCGUGUGAGUAUGCAUGGUCUUGUUCGACACGCUUCAUGGUGGGCGGCGUUGACGUUCGUAGUCAUCGUGAUAGGAGCCGCCUCUCGAGUCCGCUGAUUGGGAGAUUCCCGACUUGAUCGCAUUCACGAGCGAUCUGGCGGACCUUUGA